CGAACGUGAAAGUUGUUUGUUUACACCGACUAUUUCACGCCUCGAGGAGGUGACAUCCGAAGGCAGCGGCGGCCAGCGCGACUUGAUAUUGACUCACAAUGAAAGAGCAGCUCACACUACUGUUCCUGCUCAUCGGAUCAACCUGCGCCGCCUUGGGUCGGGUGCGGGCGCCACUAGCCGAAAUUGGCACCAGCACGCAGUUUCGCAACGAGGACGGCUUGGGAAAUUACAACUUCGGCUACGACGAAGACCACACAUCGGGUGGCUCGUUCCGGCGCGAAACAGGCACUGCCCUGGGCGCCAAGGAGGGCUCGUACGGCUUGCGUGACGCUGACGGUCGCGUGCGUGUCGUCAGCUACGUAGCCGACGAGCUGGGCUUUCGAGCGUCCAUAUCAACCAACGAGCCCGGAACUAUGCCAUCGACGCCUGCCGGUGUGAACAUAGGUGUUCCCCAACAAGGGCCAGUCGCGCCAGCGGUGCCAGUGGCUGCGCCGGCUCCAGCUGCUCCGGCUCUAGCUGCUCCGACUCUAGCUGCUCCGGCUCCAGCUGCCUAUGCUUCUCCGACACGAGUCGCUUUUAAUGCGGCACCCGCUCGCCGCCCGACGUACACUCCACAGGAGCCAGUGGUUACUUUCUUCCAAGGUGCCCCGACACCCCUUGACAUCAAGUCGGCACCCGUGGGACCACAGUCGUACGGUGUCCCGUCACCAUUGGAUAUCAAAUCCGCGCCUGUCGGACCGGCAUCCUACGGUGGUCUGGCAGCAGCGCUCUUCGGGGCAUCACCCCUAGCACCCGCGGCCCACCCUGCACCAGCUCCUUGGUCUGGCGUGUAUAGUGGUCCGGUACAAUCACCCGCAGCUCCCGGGGCCUACAGACCUCCGCCUCCAGCUACCUACAAUGCGUCACCGCUUGCUCCCGCCGCUUAUGGUCCAUCUCUGCCCGCGACGUCACCUUUUGGCGCUCCGGCGGCACCAUUCCUCGGAGCGCCACUGGCGAUGCCAGUUGGCCACCACUACGUCUACAGACAGGACAACUUUGUGACCCUACCCGCUGACGGCAGGCCGUACCCAACGCACCCAGCGCCACACGCCUACCCGUCGCCGUACUCUUCGCCGCAUGCGGGACCUGUGGCACAUGUGACCACGUCGCACGCGUACAGCCACAAGAUCGCGCACUCGUUAGGUGGGGGUCACCACCGCAGUUACACGGCUUACUAGGGAAAAUAAAUUAUUCGGUUAUACUGCCAACAGUUACAUGUCAAUGUCACGGUACCAAAGAUCACCUUGGCUCAAUUUUUCAAGGUGCCGUACGUGGUCCUGCAGCAAUGGCAAAGAAACUCUGCUAUAAUUGAAACUGUACCACAAUUGUCAUAGUUAUCAUUAUAUAAAACUGAUUGCGACUAUUAAUAAAUACAACACCUGAAAGGUGUUGUUUCAGAGAACAGAUGGUAUACUUCUACCAUUUUUAUUGUUAUACUGCAGCAUGCACGGAUGGCCAAAUACUCAGCGUAAUCGAUUCACGAAGGAGGAAGUUAGACAAACAUCGUCGUCAACUACGGACACACAUUGAACACUUUUAAUUCCAGUAAUAUUCUAGAGGCAUCAGCGCUGGAGCAUUUGCCUGCGACGCAUUGGUUGCCUAGAUUUUGAAAAGCGGAUUCAACUCAAGCAACAACGACAACAAAAAAAUGGAAUCAUGCAGCACGUCAUACACAAUAUCCCACCGACGAAAGUACUUUCUAUGCCAACUACACCGAAUUAUUGAAGAUAAUAUACGCGUAAUAAAUGAAGAAAUUGAGGACUAUGCGGCUUUGACGCU